UGCGCGAGGACGUUCCCGCCGCCCGCUCAGUGCGCCCUCGAAGAAAGCGAGUGAGAAGUGGCAGACCCCAGCAUUUCCAACCCACCGUCAGUUUUUAAUUUCCCAAAGCUUAUGUAGAAGGGUGUCCUUCGAUCAGAUUUUUCAAGAACCCAACUCCCAAGUCGCCUUUGAUUUUGCAGCAAUGAAGCUUCGCUGCCGUGGAAGUCGUUCGAUAGAAGCAAGUAGCAGUCGCCGUCGUAAAGAUCGCUCUGUCGAAGAAGAUUACGUUCCUCUCACGGACUCUGACGAUGGUAGCAUCAGCGACACAGAUGAAGAUUAUUUGAGUUCGCUGCAGCACAAUAUUCAUAAAAGAAAAUGUGGGACGGAAGUAAGUGAUGAAGAAGAUAAUAUUUCUGAUUCUGAUUCUGAUUCUGAUUCUGAUGAGCAUGUGUUGAGGAAGAAAGUGGAACGGAAGAAGAAAAGGGGCCGGUUGAGGAAGGAAGUGCAAUGGUCAGAGGAAGGGAAGGAAGAAGGAAGUAAUGAGAAAGAAGUAGAACAUCAGAUGCUUGAUGAGGACUUUGAUGGGAUUGAUUCUCUUGGGCGGAAUGAGGGGUUGAAGAAGAAUAAAAAGAGGAAAAAAAAGGGGGACAAAGGACCGACAUUGAUGUGGGAAGUUUGGGAAGAGGAGCAUGAAAGGUGGCUUGAUGGGAACAUGGCAAACGAUAUUGAUUUGGAUAAUCAGAGUGAAGUAGGGAACAGAACUGUUGAGGCACCCCCAGAUUUGACCGUACCUCUGCUGAGAUAUCAGAAGGAAUGGCUGGCCUGGGCUUUGGAGCAGGAGGAAUCUGCAACUAGAGGUGGAAUCCUUGCGGAUGAAAUGGGAAUGGGAAAGACCAUCCAAGCCAUUGCACUUGUACUUGCUAAACGGGAAAUCCGUCGGACAAUUUGUGAAUCUAAUGGACUGUUUCUGCCACCCAGUCCAACCACAGAGUUGCCUGAAAUUAAAUGCACCCUUGUAAUCUGUCCCUUGGUUGCUGUGAAACAAUGGGAAAAUGAAAUUGAAAGAUUCACUGCAAAACAAAGUACAAAGGUGCUGGUUUAUCAUGGUGCUAACAGAGGAAAGAUUCAUCAUCAGUUCUCUGAGAAUGAUUUUGUCAUAACCACUUAUUCCAUCGUAGAAUAUGAAUACAGGAAAAAUGUGAUGCCACCAAAGCAGAAGUGCCAGUGGUGUGGGAAAUUAUUUUAUUUCCACAAACUGUCUAUUCACUUGAAAUAUUUCUGUGGGCCUGAUGCUGUUAGAACAGAAAAGCAAUCUAAGCAAGCUAGGAAGUCGGCAAAACGUGGAAUAAAAAUUUUAAAGAAAGCAGAAUCAGCUGAGGAUGAAGCCAGUGCAUCCAAAGCUGCUAAAAGGAGGGGAACAAAGCAGUACAGCCGUGGGAAAGAUGUGCGAGUUGAUUCUUCCAUGGAGAAUUCAGCUGGUGCUGAACAAGGCUUGGCCACCAAGAAAUCAGUUUUGCACUCUGUGAAAUGGGAUCGCAUUAUUUUGGAUGAGGCUCAUUUCAUAAAAGAUAGACGGAGUAACACUGCCAAAGCUGUUCUUGCCUUAGAGUCUUCCUAUAAAUGGGCUUUAAGUGGCACUCCCCUCCAAAAUCGUGUUGGAGAACUUUACUCACUGGUCCGCUUCCUUCGAAUAAUUCCAUAUUCAUAUUACUUGUGCAAGGAUUGUGAUUGCAGGAAACUUGACUAUAGUUCAUCAACUGAAUGUUCAAACUGCACUCAUAAAUCUAUGAGGCAUUUUUGCUGGUGGAAUAAGUAUGUGGCUACACCAAUACAAGCAUGUGGAAAUUCAAAUGUGGGGCAAAGAGCCAUGACUUUGCUAAGGCAUAAAAUUUUGAAAAACAUAGUACUAAGACGGACCAAGAAAGGCAGGGCGGCAGAUCUUGCACUUCCUCCUACGAUUGUUUCGUUGAGACGGGAUUCCCUGGAUAUUAAAGAAGAAGAUUAUUACAUGUCAUUAUACAAUGAAAGUCAGGCACAAUUUAAUACAUAUGUUGAAGCAGGAACUGUGAUGAAUAAUUAUGCUCACAUAUUUGACCUUCUUACACGUUUGCGCCAGGCAGUCGAUCAUCCUUACCUUGUGGUAUAUUCUAGAUCUGCCGCAUUAAGAAAUGGAAGCAUGGCUGAUACCAAUAACAGUGAAAAAGUUUGUGGCAUCUGUCAUGACCCAGCGGAAGAUCCUGUGGUUGCUUCUUGUUCACAUGUCUUUUGUAAAGGUUGUUUAAUUGAUUUUUCUGCUAGCUUCGGACAAGUUUCAUGCCCUUCAUGUUCGAAACCACUUACUGUUGAUUUGACAACUAAAAUGAAUACUGGAGAUCAGAAUUCUAAGACAACCAUUAAAGGGUUUAAAUCCUCGAGUAUUUUGAAUAGAAUCUGGCUUGAUGAUUUUCAGACAAGCACCAAAAUAGAGGCUUUGAGAGAAGAAAUCAGAUUUAUGACUGAGAGGGAUGGUUCUGCAAAAGGAAUUGUUUUUAGCCAGUUCACAUCCUUCUUGGACUUGAUAAACUACUCUCUUCAGAAGUCUGGGAUAAUGUGCGUUCAAUUAGUGGGAUCCAUGUCGAUGACUGCAAGAGAGAAUGCUAUUACAAAAUUCAUAGAGGAUCCAGAAUGCAAGGUUUUCCUCAUGAGCUUGAAAGCCGGGGGCGUUGCUCUCAAUCUAACUGUUGCAUCAAAUGUUUUCUUGAUGGACCCUUGGUGGAACCCAGCUGUUGAGCGGCAAGCCCAGGAUAGAAUUCAUCGAAUUGGGCAGUAUAAGCCUAUAAGAAUUGUGAGAUUUGUGAUUGAGAACACAAUUGAGGAGAGGAUUUUGAAGCUUCAAGAGAAGAAGCAAUUGGUGUUUGAAGGCACUGUAGGUGGCUCUUCCGAGGCUCUGGGCAAAUUAACAGAGGCUGACAUGAAAUUCCUGUUUGUCACCUGAGCCAGAAUGCAGUAUAAUUCACCUGAUGAAGCUUCACUGCAUGUGGCCCUUGCUGUCAUGGGCAUACCCUCUUGUUUUUGGUUGAUGUCAUUGACAAACCUUGUUUUGGUGUUUGUAGCAUUUUCUAGGUCUCAAUGACAUUCGUAGGCUCCCUAUGAAAAUGGUGUUUUUCAAAAACCCCCAGAGCACUGAAAUAUUUUCAGAUAUUUAAACUUUUUGUAUGGUUAGUUAAAAAAAAUUGAAAUAUUUAUUUAGCAUUUUAAAUCCCA